AUGUUACCAACAAAUUUACUCCAUAUACAACAAAUGCAACAACAGCAACAAUCCACACAACAGCCACCUCAAACUCAGACUCAGCAGCCACCCCAGGGCCAACAGCCUUCUCAAACGCAGCAGCAACAGAAUCAGCAACAGCUGUUAUCCGCUCACUCACAAGUUGACCAAAAUCAGAGGAACGGCAUGCAUAUAAAGAGGGAACAAAGAUUGUUGAAUGCUUACGUAUACGAUUUCUUAAAACGCAGCGGUGCUACAGAAACAGCAAAAGCCUAUUUAAGAGAAGGUGAUUUUCAGAACUGUGUUAAAAAUGACGGUACCGUAAAUUCAAUAAACGGAAGUUCAAGUUCUGAUAACGAUAACACACCGUUACCUGACGUCGAUGUACCUGUACAAGCACCUGAAGGUUUUCUAUAUGAAUGGUGGACUGUUUUUUGGGAUAUAUAUAGUGCAAAGUUAAAUCGUCCUGGAACUGCUGACGCGCAUCGCUACGUAGUAGAUCAGCAAAUGAGGAAUAGUAGAAAUCGUAUGCGACUGAUGCAUGAUUCGUUAAAUCAGAUACCUGUCGGAACUUUUCCGCAACUUUCUGGAGGCAUGAUGAAUCAAAUGCAAGCGAUUCCUGGGGGGAACAGAGUGGGUAUACCUUUACAAAUGCAGCAAAGUAUGUUAGCUCAAAACGCGAUGGUCCAAGCCCAAAACGCACAACUUCCUAGCCAAUCACAACAACCAUCAACGCCUACAUCCCAAGUUGUGGUAUCUGGUUCCGCACAAGUACAUAUGGCCCAGCCCGGUCCAACACAGGCUAACCCUUCUUUGAAACGUAAUAACGAGGGAGUGAAUCAGCCUUUAUCAUCACCUACAAAGAGAGCGAGAAUGGCUAAUGAUAGUUACUUACAAAGUGUUGCGGCGCAACGAUCUGGCUCAGUAAGUCAGCAAGCUCAGUUACCAAUUGGACAGCAAAAUAAUAUG